AUGAAGAGAAUUAAUCAGAUAUUUUGCGAAAACAUUAAAAUUUAAUAAAAAGUGAUAUCUCUUUAUUUGACUUCCAAGAAUUUACAACUAAUAUUUCAACCAUUAAUAAUUACAUAUACUAUUUCCAAGUCAUCUUAUCCUGAGAAUGAACAAGAAUUUUAGAAUACUUUGAGAAUUAUUCUCGAUGAUGGUACUUUUGUUCAAAAGUUUUUGUCUGUAUAAAAUAUAAUAAGAUAUUUGAUUCUAGAAUAACAUUUUACUAUUAAUUGACAAUAUAAUUGAAGGAUGCAUUAAGAGAUCAUCAACCUAAAAAUACAGAGAAAAUAAUACUAAAAUUAUUUUUGGAAUUAAUAGAUAUUUAUGAUUAAGAGAAAACAGAAAUAUUGAUUGAAAAAUAAGUAGAAACAUAAAAUCCUAAAAUGAAAAUUGAAGAACUUAUAAAGAAAGAGUUUUCAGACCUUAUUAAUAUUUGCAAGUCAAAUGUGAGCAAUAUUAUUUAGCAACAUAAUUAUUUAUUUUUGAAAUAAUAUUCAGAUUUUAUUUUGAUUAUUAAGUAAAUUUUUUCUUACCUUUGUAGAAUGCUGAAAUUAGUGAAAAGAAGCGAUAGUAUUUUACUGUGUUGAAAAGUAAUUUUAAUGUAAAAUUGAAUAAAAAUUCAUCUGAUUUGAACAAUUUUUCAUUUUUGACUUUAUUCUCCAGUCGAAUCUAAAUUAACAUGAAAUUAAUAUUUUGA